AUGGCCACCCCCAGUGUCCUGGCCUUUGACGCUGAGGGUCGUGCCAUUGACUUUGCGGUCUGGGUCGAGGACCUGCAGCUGUACUUGCAGUGCGAUUCAGUAGAUGACAUCUCUCUCUUUGACUUUGCCUCUGGCGCUGUCCCUGCCCCUCCUGCUGAUGCUGUCCCCACUAUUCGCUCCAAGUGGGCCACACGCGAUGCUGCUGCACGUCUUGCUGUGCGUCGCCACCUCCCUUCCUCCGAGCGUGCCCACUUUAGUCAGUGCAAGACCGCUCAGGCCUUGUACGACGCUGUAGUUGCGCACUACUCCUCCCCUUCCACUGCUACACUGAGCCGCCUCAUGCUACCGUACCUCUUCCCUGACCUUGCUGCCUUUCCCACAGUCACUGACCUCUUUACCCACCUUCGCGCUAGUGACACUCGCUACCGAGCUGCGCUUCCUGCUGCCUUCCUCGCCGAAAACCCCCCUCCCAUGUACAUCACCCUCUACUUUCUAGUCACCCGUCUCCCUGAGUCCCUUCGUGCUGUUAGGGACCAGUUUCUCUCUGUCUGUCCCACCACCCUCACUGUUGACCUCCUCGAGAAGUCCCUGCUAGCGGCCGAGAAGAGCAUAGUCGCUGUAGGGGUCUCUCGUGGUGACCCGCGCACCCCCAUCUUUGAGGGGUGUUCUCCUUCCCCCCUGUUACCCUCUGUCGCCUCUGCUGCUGCGACCGACCUCGUUGGUUUAGAGUCGGUCGGUGCGGCGUCUGCCCCCAGCGGUAGGCGCCGCUCUGGCAGGAGCAAGGGGGGCAAGGGAGCGGGUGGAGCUAGCGGGGGCGGUGGCGGAGGAGGUGGGGGCGGCGGGGGGAGUGGGGGUGGCGGUGGGGGUGGAGGCGGGAGUGGAGGUACUGGUGGCGGCAGUGGAGGCGGAGGUGGCGGCGGAGGUGGUGGCGGAGGUGGCAGUGGGAGCGGCGGGGGCGAGGGUGGCGGUGGCGGCGGUGGCGGUGGCGGCGGUGGCGGCGGAGGCGGGGGUGGCGGUGGUGGAGGUGGUCGGAGUGGCUCGUCCCAGAGGAGCAGCACUGGGGGUGGUCAGCGCCAGCAGCAGCAGCGCUCUCGCGACGUCCCCGCCCCUCAGCAACUCCGUGAGUGGUACUCGCAGCGUCAGCGUGGUGGGGCGUUCGGUCCCUGCACCUACGUCCUUCGCAACGGCGACCGCGCGGGUGAGCAGUGUGGGGGCACCCACACCGCUCGCCGCUGCUUUGCCCGCUUGACCGACGCUUGGCGCCAGCAGUUUCCGGAGGCCUCUGAGAUCCCCCGCUGGGGAGAGCUGUCUAGGGCUGGUGUAGAUGUUUUUAAUCUUGACUUUGAUGCUAUCCUUGCUGCCAUGUAUGCUGUGACUUUUAGUGAUGAUGGUGACUGUUACCGGUGUUUCCCGCCCGACCCGGGCAUUGGUACUGCUGCGUCAGGUGCCAGUGAGGCUGCUGCUCUAGGUGCCAGUGCCUCUGUGCUCUCAGGUACUAGUGAGUCUGCCCUCUCAGGUACUGUGUCGGCUUCUGCCUCUCACACCUUCACCCUUGACUCUGGGGCGUCUCGCUCCUUCUUUCGGGACCGCACCACUCUCACGCCGCUUAGUCGGCCUGUUGCGAUUUCCGUGGCUGACCCCUCUGGGGGUCCUGUCCUGUCUCGUUUUUCCACAGUCCUCCCGUGUCCGGCGGCUCCCUCUGGCACCCUGACUGGUCUUUACCUCCCCUCGUUCUCUACGAACCUGGUGAGUGGUGCUGACCUACAGGAUGUGGGUGUCCACCAGUUCACUCCUGCUUGUCAGCGGGUGACACACUGCACAGAGGCUAGCACAGGUCGCCACCUGGCUACGUUUACACGUCAGCCAGGGUCGAGCCUGUACACACUGACCACUGCUUCUCCUCCCGGUGCUGAGUCUGGUAGAGUCCCUUCGUCUGGUCAGGUGUUUGCUGCAGUGUCCAGGUCUGGUCCUGAGUCUGCCCCCUGUUCGUGUCGCCGUCUGUCUCACGAGAUUCUCCUCUGGCACCACCGCCUUGGCCACCCCUCUCUGCUUCGGCUCAGAGGCAUGGCCUCCCGUCGUCUUGUGUCUGGUCUUCCCCGGUCCCUCCCUCCCCUUCCUCAGGGCCCUGGCCCUGCCUGUGUCCCCUGUGUCGAGGGGCGCCAGCGUGCUGCCCCUCACUCCUCCCAGUUUCCUCCGACAGAGGCUCCGUUGCAGACACUUCACAUGGACGUGUGGGGCCCUGCCAGCGUCCGUGGACUCGGUCACGAGCGCUACUUCCUGUUGGUGGUUGACGACUACUCGCGUUACACCACAGUCUUCCCUUUGCGCAGCAAGGGUGAUGUCACUGAGGUGCUGAUCGACUGGAUCCGCGCAGCUCGUCUCCAGCUCAGGCUGAGCUUUGGCUCGGACUUUCCUGUGUUGCGUCUGCACUCGGACAGAGGCGGAGAGUUCUCCUCUGGCCUUCUGCGUGCCUUCUGUCGUGCGCGAGGCAUCCGCCAGACCUUCACGCUUCCGGACUCACCGCAGCAAAAUGGGAUUGCUGAGCGCCGCAUUGGCAUGGUCAUGGACGUCGCUCGUACGUCUAUGAUGCAUGUGGCUGCCCCCCAUAUUCUGUGGCCGUUUGCGGUCAGGUACGCGGCGCAUCAGAUCAACCUCCACCCUAGGGUCUCCAGGCCGGAGACCUCCCCAGCCCUGCUGUGGACGGGGAAGGUUGGCGAUGCGUCGGCGUUCCGGGUCUGGGGAUCUCGGGCGUUUGUCCGCGACUUGUCUGCGGACAAGCUGUCCCCUCGCGCUGCUCCCUGCGUCUUCCUGGGGUUCCCCCCCGACGCCCCUGGGUGGCAGUUCUACCACCCCACCUCUCGACGUGUUCUGUCCUCCCAGGACGUCACGUUCGACGAGUCGGUACCCUACUACCGCCUCUUCCCCUACCGCACUCCGUCCCUCCCCCCGCCCCCGCUCUUCUUGGUACCAGGUCCCCCACCGGUAGACCCCCUCCCCCCUCAGGGUCCUGCCCCUUCAGGUGUGUCCCAGGUAGACGCGGUCAAGCCUGUCGAGGUCACUGGUGACUCUGGUGCUGUCGCGGGAGCUGAGCCUGGGGGUGCUGGGACUGGAGGUGCUACGCUUGGGGGUGCUGAGCCUCGGGGUGCGGAGUCUGGAGGUGCUGAGCCUGGGGGUACUGAGCCUGGGGGUGCUGCGCUUGGGGGUAUUGAGUCUGGGGGUGCUGAGCCUGGGGGUGCUGGGCCUGGGGGUGCUGAGCCUGGGGGUGCUGAGACUGGGGGUGCUCCGCCUGGAGGUGCUUUGCCUGAGAGUGCUGAGCCUGGAGGUUCUUCGCCUGGAGGUUCUCCGCCUGGAGGUGCUUCGUCUCGCCGAGAGCCACUCUCUCCACGGGAGUUACGUGAGUGGUUUGCCCAGCGCUGGAGGCGUGCUGCUGGUGCUGGAGGUUCUUCGACUGCAGAGGGUGCUGCUGCCGCGCGUCCCGGAGGUGCUCGUACUGGGGGUGCUGGAGCUGCUGGGCCUGAUGGUUCUCCUGGAGCUGGUGCUGCUGAGGGUGCUGCUGGAGCGGGUACUCCUGCUGGGGGUACUGGUGCUGUCCCUGCUGUUUCUGGCGUCGCCACGCGGCCCCGACCGUACUUCGUUCCGCUCCUGCAGCAGGUUCUUGGUCUUACACCUUCUCCUGGUCCUCCUCCUCCUCCCUUAGAGGGUCUACAGCCUGUCCAGUCCCAGACACAGCUACAGCCUGCCACCCCUUUGCCUGCUCCUUCUCCCUACGCUGGUCCGACUGGAGGUCUUACUGAGCGUAAUGAGCCUGCGUCUCGUCCUGCGUCGCCUGGCCGCGGUUCGCGUCAGCGUCCUCCUCCUGACCCUUGCACGCACCAGAUGUCUCUGCGUCCGUCCACUGCUCCUCUGCGUGCUCCUUUGCCUUCUCCUCCUGCUUCCUCUCUUCCUGCUCUUGCCGACCCGGAGUCGGACUCUCUUCGUGCUGCCAGUCCUACUGUCACGCGUCUCCUUGCUACUGCUGUCACUGACCCUUCUUUCGAGUCUUCUGCUGCGUCUGCCCUUGUCACUGAGCUCGUCGACUUUGCUGCGCGCUGUCGUCUAGACUACGCUGCUAGUCUUGUCGCUGAGUCUGAGUUUGCCUGUCCUCAGUCCGUCGGGGGUGAGUGUGCCCUUGGCACGGACGUCCUUGAGGACAGGCAGGAGGAGUUCCAGUGUCUGGCCGCCGCUUCACCUCAUCUCGCGUCUGUACUGCUAGCCCCUGAGGGAGACCCGGAUGCACUUGACAUCCCGACGCCGCGCUCUUACGCGGAGGCGAUAGAGGGUCCCUACUCCUCUCAGUGGCAGGCAGCUAUGGAUGCAGAGAUGGCUUCCUGGAAGUCCACAGGCACCUACGUUGACGCUGUUCCCCCUCCUGGGGCGAACAUAGUCAGUGGCAUGUGGAUCUUCAGGGUGAAGCGGCCGCCGGGUUCUCCGCCUGUCUUCAAGGCGCGUUACGUGGCUCGUGGCCUCAGUCAGCGGCAGGAAGUUGACUACCUUCAGACCUUCUCCCCCACCCCGAAGAUGACCACUCUUCGGGUACUGCUGCACGUUGCUGCUCACCGUGACUACGAGCUGCACUCUCUCGACUUCAGCACAGCUUUCUUGCAGGGCAGCCUGCACGAGGAGAUCUGGCUGCGUCGCCCACCUGGCUUCACUGGGUCUUUCCCUCCUGGUACCCAGUGGAGUCUCCGGCGUCCAGUCUACGGUCUCCGCCAGGCGCCACGUGAGUGGCACGACACACUAAGGACUACGCUGGCGGCACUCGGGUUUGCUCCUUCUAGUGCCGACCCGUCGCUGUUUCUACGCACCGACACCUCUCUGCCGCCGUUCUACAUCUUCGUGUACGUCGACGACUUGGUCUUUGCCACAGCGGACACUGCUGGACUCGCCUACGUGAAGUCCGAGCUGCAGAAGAGACACAUGUGCACUGACCUGGGUGAACUGCUUAGCUACCUUGGCUUUCAGAUCACCCGGGACAGAGCACGCCGCACCAUUACCCUGACUCAGUCACACAUGGUGCAGCAGGUCCUUCAGCGCUUCGGCUUCACGUACUCCUCGCCUCAGGCCACUCCUCUGUCUACUCGCCACUCGCUCUCAGCUCUGCCUUCGGAUGAGUCCGUAGAGUCAAGUGGCCCGUAUGCAGAGCUUGUUGGCUGCCUCAUGUACCUGAUGACCUGCACACGACCUGACCUUGCAUACCCUCUUAGCAUUCUCGCACGCUAUGUUGCUCCUGGGAGACACCGACCAGAGCACAUGGCUGCAGCGAAGAGGGUGUUGCGCUACUUGUGCAGUACGUCGGGCAUGGGGCUAGUGCUUGGAGGGCGCAGUCCAGUGGUCCUCAUUGGGCACGCGGACGCUUCUUGGGCUGACGACCAGGCUACGCAGCGGUCGUCAAAGGGUUACACCUUCAGCCUUGGUUCCGGCUCUGUUUCGUGGCGGGCUACCCGCUCGUCUUCUGUUCUCGGCUCCAGUUGUGAGGCUGAGAUCUACGCCGGGGCUAUAGCUGCACAGUAG